AUGGGAUCCACACCGCGUUCGCGAUUUGGGGUUGAGCAGCCUCCUACCAAUAACGACAACCGCGCCGGUGGAGGGGAUGAAAGUCGAGGCGCCCCAGGCAGACUAUUAGCGGAUGGAGAUGCCCAGCGCCCGAUGCAAGAGAAAUUCAAUGUCAACGCGCAGACCGGGGGGGGUUCGUUCGCCAUUCCGAUCAAAACGACACCAGGUAGAAGCGGUUUCGGACCAUCCCUGAGCCUUGUUUAUGACUCCGGGUCUGCGAGUGCCAAUGGCAUUUUUGGUCUCGGUUGGCAUUUGCAGGGCUUGGACUAUGUGUCUCGGAAGACCUCACAAGCCCUUCCGCUCUAUGAUGAGGGCGAUAUAUUUUUCCAUUCACGUGUCGGGGAACUGGUGCCGGUGCUACGGAAUGAUGGUGUCGGCCUUGACGAAGACGAUCGCGCCGGUUAUUGUGUCCGAAAGUAUCGACCGCGUGUGGAGUCGGACCCGAUGAGAAUCGAAUGUUGGGUCCGCAAAGAGAACCCCAGUGACAUAUUCUGGAAGACUGUAGCAUCCAACAAUACCACGGCUAUAUACGGUAGAAAUGAAGGCUCCCGGAUAUUCCAUCGAGAGCGCAGAAUGUCUCCAUCCCAGGACAAGAUAUUUACAUGGCUAGUCUCUGAUAUAUAUGACAGCUAUGGCAACUACAUGGCCCAUUCGUACAAGGGUGAAGACGGGCUUGGGGUGUCCGACCGUGACAAAUGUACCACUCAACGUUAUCCCAAAUCAAUCAAAUAUGGGAACCGGACGCCAAACCGGAAUCUGGAAAAGUGGGAGGAGGUCGAGCUGUGGGACCAGGACGCCGCGAUGGCAUCCUGGAUGUUUGAAGUUGUUCUUGACUACGGAGAGCACGAGGAAGCACUACCAACCACACAGCAACCUCAAGAUUGGACUCUUCGAGACGAUCCAUUUUCGGUGUGCACCAGUGGAUUCGAGGUCCGCACAUAUCGUCUAUGUAGUCGGGUGCUCAUGUUCCACCACAUUCCAGAGGAACUGGAAGUCGAGGAUUGUUUGGUUGCCUCUAUAAAUUUUCAGUAUGAAACUGAGCCCAAAUCAGGGACAACUUUCCUCAAGACUUGCACAGCCUCAGGCCAUACACUAGAUACACGCGAACAAUGCUAUUCGACGUUGUCUUUGCCAUCUAUGCAGUUUGAUUACAACAAACCCCCUGAUCUAGGAUCGCUGCAUAUUGAAAAUAUUGAGCUUAACUUAUCUGGAUUUUCUUCUGGCAGAGCUAGUUGGGUUGACUUGGACGGUGACGGCGUACCAGGUAUUCUGGGGACCUUGCCAGGAGGAUGUUACUAUCACCCCAACUUGAGUCAAGAGACAAAAACCGAGAUCGGCGGACCGACCCUUCAAAACAGCAUCCCAAGCGCUAUGCAGUCUGAGAUGUGGCAUUUUGAAGAUGUCAAAGCUCGUGGAUUUCUGGACCUGGUAUCGGCAUCGCCCGAUGGGAGGGUCCGAGGGUUCUAUGGGCGUAGGGAGGAGGGCGAAUGGGAGCCGUUCGUCCCCUUCAAGUCCUAUCCAAUACUUGACCAUUUGCAGAAUGGGUGGGAUAUUUAUCAAGUUGAUCUUACCGGUGAUGGCUUGGCAGAUAUCCUGCAGAAGCCUCCAAACAACAAUAGCGAAUGGCUCUGGAACCGUUCCCUGGGACCGAACGGGUACGGGGAGGAACGUUAUACAGUCGGAGCACCUAAGAUACCCUCCGACCCGGCGACGGCAAUCUUUCUGCGCGACAUGUCAGGGGACGGUCUGACAGAUAUUGUAAGUGUCCACAAUGGCAACAUCACCUACUGGCCAAACAUGGGCCAUGGGAGAUUUGGCCGGCAGGUGGACAUGUUAGAGCCACCCACCCUGCUGGACCUGGUGAAUUUUUCUCCCCUUCGCGUUCGAAUGGCGGAUAUAACGGGCUGGGGAGGUACUGACUUCGUAUACUUACUACCCGAGGGCGGCGCCAUUGUAUAUUAUAACCAAUGGGGCACCAGGUGGAGUCGCAAAUACUACCUACCCUUUAUCCCUCCACUGGACCGUUUUGCAGCGGCAGACAUAUUUUCCGUCAACGGAAAGGGCACACAAUGUCUAUGUUGGACAUCGGAUGUUAGUGGUAGCCAGACAACGACCACGCUGCGAAUUAUCGACCUGAUGGGUGGAGAUAAGCCGGGUUUAUUAACCAACACCUGCAACGGCAUGGGGGGGAGGUCAACUAUACAAUAUCGCUCCGCGACUAGUUAUUACCUGGAGGCCAAAAGGCGUGGCCGGCCUUGGACAACGCGGCUGCCCUUCGCCGUUGAAUGCGUCGAGAGCGUAACAUUUAAUGAUGAUGUUGCCCAGACUUCUUAUAACACACAGUAUAUAUAUCACAAUGGAUAUUACGAUUAUAAGGAGCGCCAAUUCCGGGGUUUCCAAAUGGUUGAGGAAAAGACCGGAGAGGAUUUUGCUGUAGGCAUUACUGGUGCUCAAUUUAAACAGCCCCAAGUAAUCAAGCGCAAUUGGUUCUACCUAGGCCUGGAACAAUUGGAUCAGGCAACUCUUCUGCCAAACAGCUUCCAGAUCCCAGGGCCUCAGUAUAAGCCGGUGUCCAGUGCUACGAUAUCCCAGGACCUUUCUGUAACGGAGAAACAGGAAGCAUGCGCCGCAUUGGCUGGCAAACCCCGCCGGCAGGAAAUAUACGGCAGUGGCGUACGGAGCAAGGGACACCUGCCAUAUACUAUAUCUGAACAAUCGUACAUAGUUGUGAUUCAUCAAAGGGUGCAGGAGGACAAGCGUGGUAUCUUCCGAGUUAACAUCCGGGAAGAACUACAGACGCUGUAUGAGAAGGGCGAAGGACAACCAAGGCUGAAGCACACCCUUCCACUAAAGACAGAUGAUUUUGGUAACAUUGAGAGGCUGGCAAUUAUCAGCUAUGGAAACAACAAAAGCGCCCUGGCAACAGUUGAAGACCGCAAAAAACAAGAAGAAACAGCAAUAACAUAUACCGAGAUGUUAUACACCAACCCAAUACUGGAGCCGAAGGACUGUCUUCGCACCCCACUGGUGGCCAAAGUUAUCCAGUAUCAGGUAUAUCAAGGCUCAUCCUUGACUAGUGCAAUGGCCGACGGACGACAUAGCUGGGAGAAGCUGGCUGCCAACGACUGCAAAUUGCUCACUGAUGCCAUCAAGUUUCCGGUCCCCACAGAAACCUGCGACUGGAGGGAAAAUAUUCCUGCAGAAGGAUAUGCAGCUCUCCACUCAAAGAACAUCACACUAUACCGCCGGGAAGAUCUCACUGCACCCUUGCCUCUGGGCAAAAUAGAACCAUACUCUAUCACACACCAAGUCUAUCAGCUUUGUUUCACGACGCAGCUAAUGGGGACAAUACCCAUCUCGAAGCUAUGUCCCUUCGAGAAUGUUCUGGAGAGCACGGGUUACGUCCAGUUGCCAGUCAGUAGUGGUGGACAGAUAGACGAAUGGUGGUCGCCAUCCCUAUGUCACCGAUUUGAGGCUGCUACACUUGAUCAGGCCAACAAUGAACUACUUGCUGCCCGGUCCCAGUUCUUUAUUCCACACAUUCAGAUUGACCAAUUCGGAAACAUAAUGAAGAAGCAAUUGGACCCUUACAAAUUACUCUUUGUGGAGACUUUGGAUCCCAUGGAGAACACAACCAGAGUAGUAUAUGACUAUGCCUGCUUACAAUCAAAUCUAAUUAUUGAUGAGAACGGUAACAAGACUCAAUUCGCGCGAGACCCGUUUGGAGUCAGUGUGGGGGUUGCUGCUAUGGGGAAGGAAAAAGAGCCGGUUGGGGAUAGUUUGGAGGAAUUUAUCAUUAACAUUUCGCCGUCAGAAAGAGAUCAAUUCGUUAAAAAUCCAUCCGGACCCAUAGCUGCCAAGCUGCUGGGCAAAGCUGGAAGACGGAUGAUCUAUGACUUCAAUUUCUGUGAAAGAAGCCAGACACCGGGUUUCCAGGCGGAGUUAGUCCGUGACACCCACUACAGGGACGCAUAUGGAACUACCCAGAUCUCUGUCCAUAUUAGCUACUUGGACGGUCGGGGCAGGGCAAUCCAGAGCGCUACAUUUUGCGGAGACGAGUCAGGCAGAGAAUGGCAGUUCAGUGGUUUGGAGAUCCAGAGCCAGAACGGCCAGCCUGUGAAGCAGUUCCUAUCCUUCUUCAAGUCAUCCCACAGGUUCUGCUUCCAGUCCGAACGACUGGAUGAACCAGCCAGUAUUUAUCUCAGAGACCCGAUGGCUCGGCCUGUUGGUAUCAUAAAUGCUGAUCAGACGUGGAGUAAACGUCAAUAUACUCCAUGGAUGGAGGGGACAUGGGAUGCCGGUGACACAAUACUAAUUGACGACCCCUGUAAGGAUGAUGAUGUGGGAAUUUACUUCCAAUUACUGGAGCGCAAGUUGUACCACCCUACCUGGCAUUCUCAAAAAAUAAAGUCGGAUGAUCCCGCGGACAGGUUGGCCGCAAAGAUGUCGGAAACCUACAGCAAUACUCCAGAAUCCGUGUAUUUGGACACUCAGGGUCGCGAAAUCCUUUCCGAGCAGCGCAGCGGUUUGUCUGUACGACAAAUCCGUAAACAAUAUGAUGCGCGGGGGAACUUAUCUGCCCUUUCUGGCCCUUGCAAUCGGAUCGUUAGUCGAACUUGGUACGAUUACUUAGACCGGCCCCUCCACGGCACCAACAUGGACAGUGGGGUACGCUGGGCGCUCUUAGACUGCACGGGAGCUCCGUUCAUAUCACAGACUAACAAUGACUGGUGGAAACGAGUAGGAUAUGAUGCUUUAAGAAGAAUCAAGUCCAUGGAAUUACUGCCGCAGUCUGACCAAGAAAGCCCAGUUUGCGUCGUUCAGAACCGGUAUGGAGAUGAGGAAGGUGUGCAGGAUGCAGCCCGCAAGAACUUGAGGGGGCGGCUUUACCAAUGUAAAGAUCAAUCUGGGGUCGAAACCAAUGUGCAUUUCGACUUCAAGGGCAAUUGCAUCGAAUCGUCCAUCCAGUGUGCAGCGAAGUAUAAUCAACUUUUAGACUGGUCUUUGGGAGAAGUUGAACUGCAGCCCAAGCAAUAUAUCACCAGGUCAAGCUUUGACGCGGUGAGCCAUGCGGUUAAUAGAGCUACAGAUGGUAGCCAACAUGUUCACAACAGGUUUAACGUCGCUGGCCGUCUAGAGCAGGUGAGCUCGGCAACAACUGAAGACAGCUUCAACAUUACCUCUUAUGUGCUUGAUAUCAAGUAUUCUGCGGAUGGUCAAAUAAUCUCAGUCAGGUACGAGAAUGGAUCACAGGCCGGGAACACAUACGAUGUUCAGACACGUAGGCUGCAGAGAACCAUUAUUACCAAAAACAACGGAAAAACAGCCUUGCAAGAUGUCUCUUUCGUUUACGACUGCCUUGGGAAGGUUGUCGAAAAGACCGACGCCGCUCAGGAGACAACCUACUUCCGUAACGAAGUCAUCAAACCCAAACAACAGUUCCAGUAUGAUUCGUUUGGCCAACUUAUAUCAGCAACCGGUCGGGAGCAGGUCGGUUCUGCUGGCGACUGUUUAAUUCCAUAUUCCCCGACAUCGGGAAAAGCGAACACAGUACCGGGCGACGGGAAGCAACUCAUUGAGUAUCUGGAGACCUAUGUGUAUGAUAUUUCCGGCAAUAUCCUGGAGACGAAGCACGAGCCAGCGAGUAGCACUAUGCAUGCAGGGUGGACUCGACACUACACCUAUGGGGAGGUAAAUAAUAGGUUGAUCAGCACCCGAGUCGCCUCUUGCACAGAGAGUUACAAAUAUGAAGGCGACGAUGGACUCAAUGGCUGCAUGACUUCGAUGGGUGCACAGUCUUUACUCUGGGAUUAUAACCAUCGGUUACGCUCCUUCUCCAAGCAACGGGUUAAAGAGGGCCGCACGCCGGAGACAACCUGGUAUAUCUACAAUUCGCAGGGUAGGCGAGUUCGCAAGGUCACCGCCGGAGACGCAAAGUCAAAGGACACACUUUAUCUCCCCCUCUGUGAUAUAGUUACCUCCUCCAGUGGGAGUAAGCCCGUAACACAGAAGACAACCACAAGCGUUGGCGAUUUAAGCUCUCCCGACACUCCCAUGGUCAUGAUUGAGACUAGUACCACGGACAACACCAGCACCGGGCAAAGCCUGCUCCGAUAUCAGAUGAGCGAGAAUCUGGAACUUGACGAGCAAAGCAACGUGAUCUCCUAUGAGGAAUAUUCCCCGUAUGGAUCCACCACAUAUCAAGCCCCGACCACAGAGGCUCCACGGAAGUAUCGAUUUGCAAACUACCAGUGUGACAAUGAAAGCGAGCUCUAUCAUUGUGGUGAGAGGUACUACGCUCCGCGGCUGGCCCGCUGGACUUCAGUGGAUUCUAUUGGGACCGCGGGCGGACUCAAUUUGUAUUGUUAUGUGGGCAACGACCCCGUCAAUUUCCAGGACCAUCAUGGAACUGUUCCAACGUGGGCGGAUAUAGUGAGAAAGAACGUCCAGCCUAUUAUGCCAGAAGCUAUCCCCGGGCCAUCGACGGCGUCUGCGGCCCCGACAGAGGCAGACUUUAAACCCUUCAACGCCAAAAGCAAUCUUCACCUUAAACGGUACAUAAAUACAUAUCAGAAACACGGCUCUGACUGGAAUGUCCAUCUGUGGAGCUCUGUCUUGGAGUUCAAAGACCCCGUCACCACAGAAAACCUGGCUCAUCUUGCCCAGAUGGGAUUCAACGAAAUGGGGACAUUGUUUGAAAACGAAGGACUCGACGCAGGGACAAAGCCGUCGGUAAUGGUUGCCAUGCGCUUACAAGAUGAGAGAACUGUCGUUUUAGCAUCCUCUACAAAGGGGUCACAGGACAAGGGAAUGCAGAAGGGUAGCCCCAGCGAAUACUACUACAACUCUACUAUAAACAAGGACUUCGUUAAUCUACUUAACAAAGUAACCCAGAAGAAAACUUUAACAGGAAUGCAUAGAACAGGCGCCUGUGGCGAGCUGGGAGCCACCCUUACAUUGAUUCAGAUGAGCAAGAGACAUGCAUUAGGGGGCAAAGGCCUCAAUACAAUGGUGGCUUACGGCACCGUAAAUGUCGAAGAGCUCAAACGGGCUCAUUCGGACAAAUUCGAACUAUUAAAGGUUCAAAAUCUCGGGGCCAAUGACACUGGGCUAUCGAGUUAUCGUCAACAGAAGCAUCCGGGCUUCCCGGGUGGCAAAGUGCCACAACGUUGA